GACACCUAACGGUUAACAAUUCUGGCCAGCGAAAAUAUUUGAAUAUUCAAAACGUUAAAAAAAAUAUUUGGCCAAAAGUCUAUAAAGCCAUUGAUAGGAAAGUGUGCCUAUUCUCAGAUUGCAAAUCGUUUUCAAACUUUUUCAAAGUUGACAUAUAACGAUGACGACGGGUGCAAAAACAUGCGGUUCUUCUAUCGGCCAUCAUCAGCUGGGCUUAGCCAUUGUGCUGCUGUCAAUGGCGCUGUUGUUGCCAGCACAUGCAGCGUUGUUGCCGCAGGACUUGAGAGCGUACAACGGGGUCCUGUAUGAGCCAGCACAAUUAGCAGCAGUUAGGCCGGAUAUGGGGCUCGGACGUUUUCCAUCACUCAACGUAAUGAUGAUACCUGAUUCCGGUUUCUACGAAGGAACACUGAUGGACCGCCUCAAUCGGAUUGCAUUGGAUGAUAAACUCCUUAAUGACGUCAACAAACCAGCUUUGGUCAAGAAGAGUGUGCAAUUAAAUAGUCCUCAAGACUACAUGCAGCCUUGCCUUAUGAGGAUCUGUAACUUCGGACGCAAGCGCAGCGUCGGCGCCUAUGUGCCCUCCAACUAAAGCGCCACGUAUUCCAUAGUAAUAAUAUUGUGGCACGAAAGAACAUUUCCAAAUACACACAUAUAAAUAUGUUA